CUAACGCUUAGAUAAUAUGUAAAACUAUGUCAUUAGUUGAUUUAGAAUAUAAACCAAAGAGGGAAAAAAACCAAACAAUUCAAACACCCAAGAACAAAGAGAAAAAUAAUUGAAAACAUGAGAAUAUUACUAAAAAUAUGGUCAAUUAUCAUGGCAUUAAUCCCUAGUUGGAUUUUAACCAUGCCAUUAUUCCUAGUCCUAAAAAAGAAACAAGAACAAGUGCAAAAAAUGGCAUUUGUGAACUUGUUUUCAUCAACAUUCAAGAUGAUGGAAGGUAAUAAUAUUGAAGGUGAUGGUGAGCUACCAAAGGGGCUACGACCCGAGCUGAUGCCGGGGCAUGUGGCCUUGAUAUUGGACGGGAAUCGAAGGUGGGCUAAGAAGAGAGGCCUUGUCCCUGUUGAUGGCUAUGAAGCUGGUCUUGGGACUUUAGGGGAGAUUUUAAAUUUGUGUCGAAGAUGGAACAUUCCUAUUGUUUCACUUUUUAUGUUCUCUUCUGAGAAUUGGCUUCGUCCAAAGGAUGAAGUUGACUUCUUGCUCGAACUUUUUGAAGGAUCAUUGAAAUACUACCUACUACGUAAUUGUCGUAGAUAUGGAGGACGAGUGUCAGUGGUUGGAGAUAGAUCUCCACUCCCCGAUUGCUUGAAAAAAGCAAUUGAAGAAAUCGAAGAAGAAACAAAAGACUACAAAGGGAUUCAUCUUGUCUUAGCAAUGAGUUAUAGUGGUCAAAAUGAUAUAGUAUAUGCUUGUCAAAACAUUGCUACCAAAGUAAAGGAUGGCCUUCUUCAACCCGAAGAUAUAACCAAGUCUUUGUUUGAAGAACAUCUUCAAACUAAUGUUACGGACAUGCCAUUACCCGAUUUGCUUAUUCGAACAAGCGGCGAAUUGCGUAUAAGUAAUUACUAUCUUUGGCAAUCAGCUUAUAGUGAGAUGUACUUCACUGAUACUCUUUGGCCUGAUUUUGGAGAAGAUGAAUUUGUUGAGGCAUUACGUUCAUAUCAGCAAAGAGGAAGACGAUUUGGGAGAGCAUGAUAUGAAUCAUUGUAAGAUUGAAGCCCUAUGUAGUAUUUGAGAACGCGAUUAUCCCUUUUGUAUGGAAAGGUGAAACUUAAAGUAUGUGUAUAUGUCAAGGAAGUAGUACUUUCUUCUCAAGAAUAAAGACAUUGGAUGUGUCACAACUUUUCAUCAAUAACUAGUGUGUGGUCCGGGCGAUGCCCUGGGUUGCUAGUUUGUACUUGUUUAGUUUGCUAAUAUAGUUCGAUUGUUUAGAUAGUAAGACUUGUUGGUUUCGAGUUUAAGUCUGCUAUAAACAUUUUUUAGUUGUCAAACUCAAUCAUUACAUAAUGGAAAUAAAUAGUAUAAUAAGCCA